GCAAGGCGCGUUCUCACGUCAAAUAGUUUUUACUAUCAUGGAUUUAUAGCGGAGAACAGAGUUAACAGCUUGGUCGAAUAUUCCCCUUCGCCCCACCAUUAUCACGUGAAUCCCCGCAGUGGUUCUCAGCUUACGUUCAAAGACGUACAUCCGAAUUGUUCGAAUUCAACUCUUUCAUUUAAUUGUACCCGUACAAUAUAUAGAUAUAUAGAACUAAUCGUAUCAGAGAUAAAUAGUUACAAAUUAGGAAUUAGAAAGAAGAAAAAUUCAUAAUUGAAUAAAUAAGAAAUACAAAAUUAGACAUGUAUGGAUAAACUUUGUUCGGCAUCACUAUGUAUAGAACCGAGUAGGGAUAUCCCCUCUUGGUUUAAAGUUGCCUACAACGGUGCACACUGGUACAGAAUUGGCUCGUUUUUUCGCGAUAAAAAUCUGGCUGUGAUCGAUUCAGGCUGCAAUACGAAGACAACUCAAUAACAGUUCAUCAAACUGGAAUUUUUUAUUUUUCAAUCAAUUUUAAUGGAAUCCACUUGUUUUAUCGUUAAAUAGAAACAAAUCUCUCAAGGAUCGUCGUGAAACACGGUGAAAAAACAUCGAUGCAACGUUAUGAACGGAUCAUUAUACUUCUUUGAAGGUUUUUCUUUCAAUGGAUAAUAGACCUAUAAGUUUGUUCGAUACUGGUAAAUGUGUUGGACUGUUGAACCGCCGGGUGUUCGUGAUCUAUUGUCGUUGCUUUGACUACGCGGAGGAUCAGGAUCCACGGGUAAAGAGUGAGAUAUGUUCAUGAAAGAAGUCCUUGAAGAAAUUUAUCAAAUAACCUGCACCUCUUGACAUCUACUCGGUGUCGAUCGGUAUAUUGUUACGGUCUGUGCUAUUUAUUCUUAAUACUAAUUGAGAAUAAGAAGACACUGAGUCGCGUAUCGUGGUGUUUCGCGAUGAUGCGGCUGGAAACGAUCCUGACGAAGCCGGCACGAAAAAAACGGAACGUUGACGCACCGAUUGCCGAAUGAUUUUCGAGAAUUCCAUGAAACAAUAGUCUUUAGCAAGUUUCGUACUGUCCACGGAUCUGUCUGCUUGCCAUAGAUAUAUCGAUGCUCUUGGGAAAUCAUUCGUGAAGUGUUAUAGUUAUACAUGAAAUGGGUAGUGCUUGGUGGCAGUGCGCUGCAUGUCUAAGAGCACAAGAAGAAGAUAUUUGCGAGUUGAAUUUGAGUCACUGUAACCUUUAUGAUGUACCACCUGACGUGUUCAUUUAUGAAAGAACAUUGGAAAAGCUAUAUUUGGAUUGCAAUAGGAUAAAGGAUCUUCCAAGGCCACUGUUCCAGUGCCAUGAAUUACGAGUACUAUCUCUUAGUGAUAAUGAAGUCACCACGUUACCACCCGCCAUAGCAUCAUUAAUCAACCUGGAAUAUUUAGACCUCAGUAAAAAUAGUAUUAAAGAAUUACCAGACAGUAUAAAAGAAUGUAAAAACCUUCGUUCCAUAGAUAUCAGUGUUAACCCCAUUGAACGUUUUCCUGAUGCUAUUACACACAUUGUUGAGUUACGAGAAUUAUAUAUAAAUGAUGCAUACAUAGAAUACUUACCAGCUAACUUCGGAAGACUCUCAGCUCUAAGAACCCUGGAGCUUAGAGAGAAUAAUAUAAUGACAUUACCAAAGAGUAUGAGCCGUUUAAUAAAUUUGCAAAGGCUCGAUAUUGGUAAUAAUGAGUUCACUGAAUUGCCCGAGGUUGUCGGCGAUCUCAUCAAUCUCACCGAAUUGUGGAUAGAUGGUAAUGAUAUUAAGCGUAUACCAGUAAAUAUUAACCAACUGUAUCGUUUGAAUCAUUUUGAUUGCACAAUGAACGCAGUUCGUAUUAUUCCAUCAGAAGUAGAAGGCUGGAGGGAUAUUUCAAUUAUGCAUCUUUCUUCCAAUGAAAUUUAUCAGUUACCAGAUUCUUUAUGCUAUCUACGAACAAUCGUCACCCUUAAAGUUGAUGACAAUCAAUUGAACACACUGCCAAAUGACAUUGGACAAAUGUCAAACUUAGAGGAGCUUAUAGUUACUAAGAACUUCCUUGAAUAUUUACCGUCAUCAAUAGGACUUCUACGGAAGUUACACUGUUUGAAUGCAGACAAUAACUACUUGAGAUGCCUUCCACCAGAAAUUGGAAGUUGCACCUCAUUAUCAUUGCUUUCAUUGCGAUCAAACAAUCUGACAUGGGUUCCACCGGAAUUAGGCCAUCUAUCCUCUCUAAGAGUACUCAAUCUCGUGAACAAUUGCAUCAAAUAUUUGCCUGUUUCUAUGUUAAACUUAAAUAACUUGAAAGCGUUAUGGCUGAGCGACAAUCAAAGUCAACCACUGGUGCCAUUGCAACAAGAGUUUAAUUGCGAGGAAGACAUGAUGGUGUUAAGCUGCUUUAUGCUCCCUCAAAAUCCGCGGCAAGAACUUGAACAGAUACCGCCGGCUGUAGGAUUAAUUUCGAGUUCAAUUGUUGGUACUGGAAAAAGAAUAUGUUUUGCUGCUGAGGUAGAAUCCGAAAUCCCUAGACAACUUCAUCGAGCACCAACACCCUACCCUAAAGAGCUGCGCAACCUUGCUAGGCAUGCCCGCAAUUUGCAACAUCAGUCAGCUCAUGAUCAAAGAAUGCAUUUAGAACAGGAGACAAUGAUCAAAGAAGCUAUUAUUGCAAAAGCUACCGCUACUCUGGACCUUGCCUCAAAAACUGGGACCUGUUUUUCACAAAGCUUCUUUAAUAAGGGUUCACAUGCUUCACUUUCACCUACUGACCGUAAUACAACAAAAGGGUAUAAGAGUGGUAGCGCUACUGACGUCGGAACAGAACAGUCAGUGUCAGAGGAAUCUUCAGACGAGGCAAACAAGACGGUACUUGCGAAAGAAAAAAGCCCGGAUAUUCGGGAAGCAAAGUGUAUUCGGAACCCCACAUCUGAGUAUCUUUCUAAGCCUCCCACAGUAGCGGAUUAUGUAAAUUCUACGUGGAAACCGGACGAGUACUCGAAGGCAAACACAGCAAAAAUUGUAGAAUCAGAGAAGUUCGCUGUGGGCAGUAACAAUGGUGAUCAAAUGCACAUACAAACACCGAAAUUAAGUGAAAUUCCUCCCGUCCCACCGCCGUAUCACAUAGCUGCUGCAUUUUCCAAAAAGGCGGCGCUUUUUCAACAGUUGAAUCAAUCAGGUCAGACGGACUCGCCAAAAAUCGCCUCUCCACAAACGGAUCUAAACAUAUCAAAUCUAAAAGUGUCUUCGGAAACCCAGCUGCAGCACUAUGACGGUAACGGUGAAUCAUUCAAAGCGGAGGAAUAUGUGCGUUUGUGCAACGAAAAGUUUUCAUCAAACAACACGGAUGGUUCGGAUGUAACCGUUAGUAACGGGAAAACAAGUUCAGCGACUACUCCCGACCAGACUAACGCGUUGACCGAACCCAGCGAUCAGGAACAGUCUUUCGAGGGUGAUCGAUCGUUGAAGCCGAGUAGGAUUCCAAUUUUAAAAACGAAGCACUUAGAGUCCUCGAAUUCUGGACCCAACAGCGAUCUACCAAACAAAUGCAUGAACUCUUCUACCGAAGAUUAUGAAAGUUUGAAAAUGUUAAACUCCUCUUGCAUACCUACGUCUCCGGUGACUGGGAAGAAAUAUCGUAGUCCGAUCUCCAUGCAAACGAAGUUUCCCGAUCGGCCGAAGAAAAUAUUAAACGGAACAGCUUCGAACAAUAAUACGUCGUGCGACAAUCUAGCUUCACUGAACACAAUGAAUUCAAAUUCACCUGGAAAUCUGAACGCAGAAUGCCAGGAUACCGCGUUGAAAAGUAUUCCGAAUGAAAUGGCAAAUCUAAACAGCCCUGUGAACAGUAUAAAGAACGAAGUUAACUCCGGUCGGAGUACGCCAGUCUCGUUGAACAAUAAAUCUCUGAGCGAGGCGAAUAAUUCUAACACUGAUAAGUAUAAAAUUAGCGGAACGAAUGACUUGAUUAAUUCGGACAGGAGACCGAGGUUCAAAUGGAUGUUCGGCCCACAUAGAAAUGCCAACGUAUUGCCUGUUCAAGUUAGAAAGAAUCCGGGCCUCGGUUUCAGCAUAGCUGGCGGAGUAGCGGGCGCGGAAACUGGAAUUAUUGUGACCAAAGUCAAUCCGGAUGGUCCAGCUCAAGGUACACUUCGACCGGGCGAUAAGAUUUUGGAAGUAGACGGCAUAGACUUCACCAAAUCUGAUCACAAUAAUGCUGUGGCUGUUCUUCGAGCCACCGGUGCAGUAGUAUCCAUGAUGAUCAGCCGCCACCAAUGACAUCAAACAUUUGGAAAACCACCUACCUAUUCUUUGCGACGCACGAUCAGUUUAUGCGAUUCAGACUGAUUACGUAAGUCUUUUAAUGUAUCUUUUUUACGAGUCGAUACGGAGAAACAUUCAGCGAGAAGAGAUUUCUUGUUUGCUUCCGAUUGCUUGUUUUCGAUGGUAGUAGAUCAUGCUCUCUCUGACACUGUUAAGCGACUGAUUUGUACGACUGAAGCAACGCAGGGCUGGGUAAAACUUCGCGAGAAAGAUAUUUCAAAGGCUAUUGAUGCUAUACAUUAAAUUUCUACUUGGCAAUAAAGGGACGAUAAUACAUGUAUAACUCAAAUAUUUCAAAGCAAAGUCAAAAAUACUUUUACUAUCGUUCAAGUGAAAUAAUAUUUUUAAGUGCCAUUUAAAAAGUUUGAAUUAUAGACGUAUGACGUAUUGAAAUGUUUAAAGUAAAAAUAAUAGAUAGCUUAUUAUUUAUUAUUUGAAAUUACACUUUACCCAGCACUGUAACAGCGUUACCAAAGGUGAGAGUGGGAGGCACUUAUUUGAGGGGAAUUAAAAUUUUGGCUUCCAGUGGUCACACAACUUAUAUACGUGAUGUCCUCGUUAUAAGAAUGGCGAACAAUAAGAGAUGCGGUGAACAACAAUUCGUUAGGGUAUACUGUAGGAUAGGAACGUGUUCCCUUGCACAAUUAUCGGAGGAAAAAAAAGUUUGAAUAAUGUGAUGUACAAGAGAGUUAUUUUUAAGAGGAUAUUUCUUCACGGGCCAAUUCAUAUAAAUAACAUAAGGUAGUGGCUAUUUAGCGAACAGUUAGGGGCGAUAUUUUGUUUUCUUCCCCCUCAAAAUUUCUAACUCCGUAAACAUAUACAUUAUAUUGUUUUAUGGUGUUGGUUGUAUUCGUGUGGACUCGCUUGUUCUCUUCGCGGAGAGCUGACAAUGUGCCAGAAACAAAAUACUAUUUAUUAAUCGUAUACAUACAAAAUAAUUAUAUAAAAGUGAAUAUAUAUAUUAUGCAUAUAUAUAUAUUAUAUAUUAUAUUAUAUUAUAUUAUAUUAUAUUAUAUACAAUAUUAUCUUUGAUAGUUGGAUGGGAUUUUUGCAGACUUUUUCUUUUUUUUAUAUAUAUAUAUAUUUUUUAUGAGUAGAAAUGUUUUUUUUCUAUGAAACUUUAUCGUACUGUGUAGACCUUAAACGCACACAGUUCAAUGAGUGAGUUUUGUUUUAAUUCGCAUUAUUUAUGUUCUGAGUUUUAUAAAUGGCACAGUUUGGUUUUAUUUAAAGAUGUAUGCGUGAGAAUCGUGUUGCGAUUGCAACGCAAAGCGAUAUUCUUCUAUGUGCCGUAAUUUUAUUGGUGUCGUUUUGUAUAAUCAUUGAUUUUUCAAAAAUACGGUUCAUUGCGGAACUCAUGUUUGUCUGAUUUUAUAAGUACAUUAUUUUAUUUAACGUUUCAUCUGAGGCAGUUUUAUAUAUUUUUGCUUGCCAUGAAGUCGUGAUAUGUUUACUUUAUUAAAGACUAAAAUGUAUAUUAGGAUUUUUUUUUGUAAUUCUUUUUUUCUCCUCAUGAACUCAGAUGUUAGGUUUUUAACGGAAAAGAAACGUUAUCGUUGUGGUUGUGAAUUAUUAUGAUAUUUGAUUCACUCUAUGCUAAAGGAACAAAUGUAUGUACCUUGUAGAAACUGUUUUCAAUGACAGUUAUUGUUGUGGCAGAACAUUACCAGACCGUAAGAUAAAAUACUACUUUUCUAUGUUAGUGGAUCUGUACCAACAAAUGAAAGUUAUUCAUGUAAAUGGGGUAGAGCUGUGAGAUAAAUGUUUUAGAAAGGUUGUACAAUGAUGUAUAGCACAAGCAAAUUGUUCGCGUCAAGAUAUGAAUUAGUACCAGUAUGCCCUUUAUAUUGCGGAACUUUUACAGCAAGAUAACGAUAUUGCACUUCACUUUACCUCGCAUAUGGAACAGUUAGAAUGCACAUUCUCAUUAUCUAUACAGUUCUGUUUCUACAGAUUGAAUCGCACAUUUAAUUAGCUUUGCUAUAAGAGCCUUUAUACAAUACCUUUCACGCAUUUCUGAAAUUAUAUUUAAAUAGUAUUGAUACAUACUUCUUGUUUUAUAUUUUU